AUGAGCCGUGCCAUUUUUUAUUUCUUUGUGCUAUUCCACAUGCUUUCUCUUAGCAGCAGUUCUCUAGUGAAGCUAAAUGAUGGAGGUUACCAGGAUAUUGUCAUUGCAAUCAAUUCAGGAAUACCUGAAAAUCAGCAAAUAAUCAAAAAUUUACAGAACAUGAUGAAAGAGGCUUCAAGCUAUUUGUUCUCUGCUACAAAAAACAGACUCUUCAUAAAGAGCGUUAAGAUCUUAAUUCCACUUCACUGGAAAAAGAACAACUAUCUCAAAACAAGAACGGAAUCAUAUGAUAAGGCCGAUGUCAUUGUUGCCACACCACACCUGAAGAAUGGAGAUGACCCAUACACUUUACAAUAUGGUCAAUGUGAGGAAAAAGGCAUAUAUAUUCAUUUUACCCCAGAUUUCCUGGUAGAUGAUAAACUACUGUCGGUAUAUGGACCCAGAGGAAGAGUCUUUGUUCAUGAAUGGGCUCACCUCAGAUGGGGGGUCUUUGACGAGUACAACUCAUUAUCACCCUUCUACAUUGCUAAUAGUGGUCAAAUAGAAGCUACAAGGUGUCCCAUCGGACUUAAAGGUGUUUAUAAUAAAGAACAAUGCACGGGAAAUGGCUGUAAGUGCAAUGUGAACAUAGAGACUGGGUUGUAUGAAGAUGGUUGUGUAUUUGUUCCUGAAAAAAAUGUUGCUUCCAAACAAUCCAUAAUGUAUCUGCAGGCGCUACCGAAUGUAUCUGAAUUUUGUGAUGCUCAGAGUCACAACACAGAGGCUCCAAAUUUACAGAACAAAAUGUGCAACUAUCGCAGUACAUGGGAUGUCAUCAUGAACUCAACUGACAUACAGUCCACCCCAGCAACAUAUAAUACGAACAUUCCUGAACCCACCAUCACCCUUCAUCAGGCUUCAGACAGGGUGGUCACCUUGGUGUCAGAUGUUUCAGGAAGUAUGAGCUCAGGUAAACGAGAUGAACGACUGGUCCAGGCUGCAGAAGUUUUUAUCAUGCAGAUUGUUGAGGCAGGAUCGUCUGUUGGACUUGUGGAGUUUAAUAGUGCUGCUACAGUCAUUUCACCCCUGGUGCAAAUAAUCACAGAUGACGAACGUCAAAAACUAAAACUUCUCCUUGUAAAGAAAGCAAGUGGAGGAACCAACAUAUGUGCUGGCAUUCGGAAAGGUUUUGAGGUAAAUAAAGGGACCAAAGAUAGAUCCACGUAUGGUACUGAAAUAGUAUUACUAUCAGAUGGAGAAGAUGGAAGUUUUCCAAGAGCUUGCUAUGAUGAGAUAAUAAACAGCGGAGCAAUCAUUCAUGUGAUCGCUCUUGGAGCUAGUGCAGCAUCAGGCCUUGAAAACAUUUCAUCAGAAACAGGUGGUGCAAAGUUUUUUGCUACAGACAACAUUAGUGCUACUGGCCUGAUUGAUGCAUUUGCUUCAAUUCCAUCUAGAACUGGAGACAUCAGUCAACAGACAAUUCAGCUGGAGAGCACAGCCUCUACACUUACAAGCAGGAAUUGUUUAAACGGAACCAUUUUCAUUGAUAAAACCGUGGGGAAUAACACGUUCUUCCUGGUCACUUGGCAGUCUGCAGUACCAAACAUUAACUUGCAGGAUCCUAAAGGAAAGGUGUAUACAGCAAUACAUUUUAAAAAUGACAACACAGCCAAAUCUUCCAGACUAGAAAUUCCAGGAACGGCUGAGACUGGACCCUGGCAUUACAGUAUCUGUAAUGGUCUUUCAUCAUCUCAAGCAGUAGGAAUAAUUGUAACCUCCAAGGCUGCAAAUAGAAAUGUUCCUCCUGUAGUUGUAAACGCCCAUAUGAAUCAAGACACCAUUAACUAUCCCAAUCCCCCAGUAGUCUAUGCCUCUGUUAGUCAAGGUUUCCUGGCUGUGAUUAAUGUAAAAGUUACUGCUAUUAUUGAAGAUGUUAAUGGAAAGACAACAACCGAGGAGCUGCAGGACAACGGAGUAGGUGCUGAUAUUGCUAAGAACGAUGGCAUCUACUCACAGUACUUUACAUCUUUCUCAGUUAAUGGAAGGUAUAACUUAAAAGUACAUGUGGUAAGCAGACAAAAGAAUGGUCGUUUGGUACUUCCCCAAAACCGUGCUCUUUAUAUACCAGGCUAUGUGGAGGAUGGUGUGACCACCAUGAAUCCACCAAGACCUGUAAUAAAUGAAGAAGAACUUGUUGUAGAUCCGUUUAGUAGAACUGCAUCAGGAGGAUCUUUUUUGAUGUCUAAUAUACCCACGAAACUUCCCACAGACAUCUUUAAACCAGAAAAAAUAACUGACUUAGAAGCAAGGAUAGUUGAUAGCAGUAUUGUUUUAGCCUGGACGGCCACUGGUGAUGAACUGGACAAGGGAACUGCUACAAGCUAUGACUUAAGGAUGAGCAUUAACCAUAAAGAUCUUAGAGAAAACUUUGCUGGAGCAACUCCAGUAAACAUUUCCAGUAUCUCCCCACAAGAGGCUGGAAACAGAGAAACAUUCUCAUUUGUGCCAGAAGAUGUUGUUAUAGAAAAUGGAACCAUUCUUUUCUUUGCUUUAGUUGCUAUUGAUAAAGCAGCUAAAACAUCAGAUGUUUCUAACAUAGCCCAGGCGGCUCUCAUCAUUCCACCAGAACCAGCUCCCACAAGAGACAGCUCAGAUGGGCUGAAUAUAACCACAAUCACAGUAAUAGUAUGUUCAUCAGUAAUCGUUAUCUGUAUCAUUAUAAGUAUUACCACCUGUAUUGUCAGCUGUCAAAGGAAGAAGAAGAAUCCAGAAUUGAGAGUGUGA